UGGCUGUGCUGACGAGCCGUUGCUUGUGGAAACAGCUGGUGGUUUCUGUCAGCGAACAGUUCGGGUUGAUAGCAGCAUUAGCAGGAAUUAAAGUUUAAAUUAGACUCGAAACUGACUGAGUGCGCUUUGUUUCGAGUCUCUGCUGCUGUUCCACCAGACUCCGGGACAUGUCAUCCUGUGACCGACACUUUAUCAGGCAGUAUUAGUAAUUAACCGGAGACUAGUGACGCUCGACGCUGCCGGCUGCUAACGCCAGCUAGCUCACUUUUUCUCCCAUAGCAACUACCACGAUACAGGUGUCCAGUCAGCGCAGACAAAGUGUCAGCUGUCGGGUUUCUGGCAGUACACAGCGAGGUUUUUGCUUAAUUUCAGCAUGACUCAUGUUCAUUAUAAAUUCUCCUCCAAACUUAGCUACGACACAGUGGUGUUUGACGGCCCGCACACCACGCUGAAGGACCUGAAGAGGCAGAUCAUGAGCAGGGAGAAACUCACAGCCGGGGACUGCGACCUGCAGAUCACAAACGCACAGAACAAAGAAGAAUACACAGAUGACGAAGGUUUGAUCCCCAAAGGUUCCUCAGUCAUCGUCAGGAGAAUCCCGAUCAUCGGAGCAAAAUCCAGCUCAAACAACAAGACCCGCAACAUUGAGCGAACAGAUGCCCAGCAGCACCAUGCCUUUGGAGCCUUCAAAGCAAUGGAUGACCAGAAUUCUUCCCGAGCCGUACCUUUUUUCUCAAAGAUGGUUAACUUGGCUGAUGCAGAUGUGUCAGAGGAGGAUAAACUCAAAGUUAUGAUGAAUCAGUCCACCUACGACUCCAUUAAUUACAACAAGAAGUUUGGUCAAGUACUUCCUGCAAACUACACCUGUUAUCGCUGUGGAAACACUGGACAUCACAUCAAGAACUGUCCCAACAGCGCGCAGGAUAAAAACUUUGAGGCCCCUGUGAGGAUAAAGAAAAGCACAGGCAUCCCUCGCUCCUUCAUGGUAGAGGUGGAUGGUCCCAGCAUUAAGGGAGCCAUGCUGACCAACUGUGGACGUUACGCGAUUCCUGCCAUAGACGCUGAGGCGUACGCCAUUGGCAAGAAGGAGAGGCCUCCAUUUGUUCCACAGGAGCAGCUGAGUUCAGAGGAAGAGGAGGAUCCUACCCCCGGGGAACUCCUCUGUGUGAUCUGUCAUGACCUGCUGAGUGACGCUGUGGUCAUACCCUGCUGUGGAAAUAGCUACUGUGACGACUGUAUUCGGACCACCUUAUUGGAUUCAGAGGACCACAUCUGCCCCACAUGUAGCCAAUCAGAUGUCUCCCCUGAUACCCUGAUAGCCAAUAGAUUUCUCCGACAGGCUGUGGACAAUUAUAAGAAAGAGCGAGGCUGCACUAAAAGUCUGAGAAAAGGGUGUAGUGCAACAAAAUCACAAAAUCCAACCCCGACACCGAGCCCUGUCCCCACCCCGCCCCCUCUCACCCUGCAGAGCCAACCUCCGAAACCUCACCUACCAACCCACAGCCAGCAGGACCCUCUCCUGUACCACGCACAGGCUGCAGACACACCACCACCACCACCACCAUCAUCUCAGCUGUCUGGGGCUUCGCUCACAGCAACAGGCCCCGCCUCUGCUCCCAACACACUGAGCACUUCCCUCGAACCUGUGCAAAGCCAGCUGGAGAUACCUGACAAAGAGGCUGAAGAAAAGACACUCGAUGACUCAGCGGCUGCUGCCGCCCCGUCUGCCCCGUCUGUACCGGUUUCAUCCAAAGACUCCACUGAUGCUCCAUCACAGCUGAUACCUCUGGUAAAUCUGACUCCAGUGGUAGAGCAGCCCCAGACAGUCAGUGUAAAUCUACAGCAGCCUUCCUCAGGUCCAACCCCAGGACCCUCUGUGCCGUCAACAUCCUGGGAUAGCUCCUCUUCCUCCUCACGGUGUCCCACUGGGGGCUGGAAUGAAUCGAAAACCCAGCAGCAUCUUCCCUCCUCGUCUUCAUAUCCAGCAACACCUCCACCUCCUCUGUUUCCCUCCCCCCACUUUCACACAUUUCUCACUGCUCAGCCGCCUCUCGGCAGUUACCCCCCUGGAUACCCACCACCCACGCCCGUUUGGGCACUCCCAAACCUCCAGGGUGCCCCCAUCCCUUCCCUGUGCCCCUCCACCUCCAUCCCUGCCCUCAUGCCCAAGGAGUGGUACAGGCAUCAGAGGAAGAAGAAGGAAAGGUCACCUCACAGAGGAUCCGCCUACAGACGCUCCUCCUCUCGUUCUAAUUCAAAGACUUCUAAGUCCAAGUCUUCUCGCUCCUAUUCUCGCUCUUCAAGCAGGUCCAGAUCCCGUUCCCGGUCCAGGUCCAAAGGCAAAUCGAGGCCACACUCUCCUUACUCCCACCAAAGAGACCUCCACACCCGCUCUCAUUCCUCCCACCCCUAUAGCUAUGGUUACAAACGUCCCCCCACACCCUCCUCCUCAUCUUCACCCGGGGCUGGUUACCAAUCCAGGUCCAAGUCGCCAUCAGAUCACCGCAAAAACAGCCAUCACAGUCGGCAUCACUCCAAGAAGUCAUCUUGGAGCAGCUCCAGGAGGCGAGAACAGUCCCAGAGGGAAGGAGGAGGCUCAGAGGGAGGUUCAGCUAGUUCCCUGUAUGCUCAGCACGCAUCUCAAAGUUGCAGCCUGGAGCUGGACAGAGAUCGCUAUCUGCAGUGGAAAAGGGAAUACAAAGAGUGGUGUGAUAAAUAUUUCAGCAGCUAUGUCGGCCACUUCCACCAGCUGCCUCUUCCCCUCCUCAGCCUUCCUCCUCCUCCUCAGUGGGGGUACGGAGAAGGAAGCGGAAAUAACUCACAGGCUAACUCGGACUUGAGACACCAGGGUAGACGCCGGAGGGACGGCCGCUCCCCUCCAUCGCAGUCGUCCAGCGACAGCCGCUCCCCUCCGUCUCAGUCUUCACGUGACAGCCACUCAACGCCAUCUCAAUCAUCCAGUGACAGCCGCUCCACGCCAUCACAGUCAACCGGUGACAGCCGCUCCUCUCCGUCUCAUUCAUCCAACGACAGCCGCUCCCCUCCCUUUCAGACGUCCAGUGACGGACACUCCACGCCGUGCGAAGACGGAGCCGAGCCGAGGCCAUUUCAGCAGAGGUGCACUGAGAGGCACAGCCGCCUGCCAAUCACAAGGAGCAGUAAGGAAGUGGAACUGCAAGGAGACACCAAGAAUUUGCAGAACCUCAGCACAUUAAAACAUGAGCAAAAGAACAUGAAGAAACAUGAGAAAGGAAGAGCAGAGGAGUCAUCAUCACUUGAUGCUGCAGAGUCAACGAAUGACUGUAGAAAGCACAAGAGCAAGGAGAUCAGCCCAGCACAGGACGGAGCAGCUGCCAGGGAUACCUUAGAACCAGCCCAACCACUCACCAAACCAGAUAAACAUUUGGAUAAAGAAGAUGAAAGACGAAGCAGAGAACAAAGGAGUUUGGAAAAAGGGAAAAGAUGGAGAAAAGACAAACAUUCAGAGUCUCGCCGUGAUGCAGGGAGACGGCACAAAGAAAGGUCAAAUGAUGAGUCAGACAGGGUGGAUACACACGGAUACAGUUACCCUGGAGCCAGCAGAGCUUCUGACUCGAGAUCAGAGAAGAAUAGAAAAAGAAAAGGACAGGACAUCGAGAGCAGUAAAUGCCUGAAUACUGAAAUUGCAGAGGAGCCAAAAACCCACAAGAGCGAAUCCCCGAAUCCAUUUGAGAGAAAGAAACAAAAAACGGAGAAGAAACAGGAGAGGAAAACAUGGCCUCCGACAGAGAGAGACAUCUGGGAGGGAGGGAUAAAGGUGAAACCACAGAAGAAGAUAAGCAUCAACAUAAACCUGGAAGGAAAAAAGAAGGAAGAUAUAAUGGAAAAACAGGACUUGGAGAGUGAUGCAAGAAAAACAAAGGAAGAGAAGGCUGGUAAUGGAGAGGAGGAGAAGUCCAACAAAGAAAUUGAAGCAAUUGAGAAGAUGCAGUCCAGUGGAGACAUUGAAGGUGUGUCCGAAGAAAAAAUAAAGCCAGAUGAAGGAGAGACCAGACAGAAAUGGGCGAAAGCUACCUUCAGAGAUGAUAAGGGAGAGGGGUUUGAGAAAAUUGCAGGAGAGAAAAAUGACAAAGAAAAUGAGGAGUUUGCCUUAUAUCAGAGUGGCCUCAGAGGAGUGGAGGAGGAGCAGGACGGUAAAAAAUGUGAUGAAAGAGACUGGAUGGAGGCCGGAAAAGGAGAAGAGGUGACAAAUGACGAGAAGAAGAUCGAAAGGUCAGGAAACGAGGGACAAUCGUUGGGGACGUUAGUCGCAAGUACCCCAAAGGAAAGAGCAGAGGAAGAAAAAACAUACAAAGAAAACAGAGGAAACCCACCGGGGGAGUCAAAGCCAAAGGAAGAACUGAUGGAUGGAGUGGAGUGGAGGAUGAGGAGAGAAGAAGAAGACACAGUGAGGUCCAAGUCACCAAGGAGCAGAAACAAGAGCCACCACGAUGGACCAAACACCAUAGUGGACAAUGGCAGCAGCUACGAUGAUCAUCAGGAGAGGAAGACAGUGGUGAGACCUCUGGACGAAUACGCCCAGGACAGAGACCAGGAGGAUGAGCUCAUGCUCAUACAGGUUCCUCGCUCCAAAUGGGAGAAGGAAGAGUCCGAAGAAGAAGAGCAGAAUGAAGGAGCGAUCAAAGUUCAAACAGAUGCUCUUGCAAUGUUUCUGCCUUUACCAUCAGUGUCUGUGACAGCAGAGACAGCAACCAACAGGGAAACAGAGACUGAAAAAGAAAAAAGAGAGAGGUCAGUGGAAAUGGAGAGAGACGAGUCCAGAGCGAGGGAGAGAGGAAGAGACAAGGAGAGAAAGAUGACCCCCAUUUCUUCCACUUCACACAGAAGUGUGGUUCCCUCUAGUGGCAAAGACAGAAGUGACAGCGACUUGUGCUCAGACAGAGACGGGAAGAGAAGGAUGGAGAUGGAGAGACAGAGGGAGAGAGAGAGACAGAGGGAGAGAGAGAGGUCGAGAGAUGAGAGGCAGAAAGAGAGCAGGAGAUCAAAAGAGGGCACAAGGAAGGAAGAGAAAAGGAGAGACAGGGAGAGAGAGAGGGGGCACAGCAGCAGUGGCUCGGCCCAAAAGAGGAAUUCCUCUUCCUCCUCUCACUCCUACUCUUAUUCAACAUCACAUGGCACAGAGAGGAGAGACAGGCAGCGCGGUGACAGGAGUUCCUCCUGUCGCGCCGGGAAAUCAUCCGGUGGCAGAAGCAGCACGGUGAGCAGAGCUACCGAACUGCCUGAUCAAAAUACUCACAAAUCACAUAGAGACACAUCACUGGACGUGACAUUUAAAGACAAAGACCAUCACCAAGAUCCAUCAGGGAGGUACAGACAAAAAGACAGACCUGCAGUGACCUACCACUCCCCACCACCCCCCUCUCACGGCCAGGAUAAAGAAAAAGGCCUGCUUCCCUCUGGAUCAGAGCUGGGUAGGCCCAGAAUGAGCAGUCCUGGCCAGGAACCACUGUCUGAAAAGGGAAAAGAAAAGGGAGAGUGGAAGCUGAGACAAGGCAAAGGAGAGAGAGAAUAUCAAGUAGUAGUGGUGGAGAGAGACAGAGGUGAGGCUGAUGAAUUGGACUGGCAGAUGAAGUGGGAGGGAGGGAAAGAGCUCGAGGACGGGGAGAGGCCCAGCAGCCGCAGCAACAGCGUCAGCUCAUCAGCAGGCCAGGAGAACGGCAGCGACGACGCGAGAAAGGAGAAGAAGAAGAAACAUAAGAAGCCCAAAAAGGAGAAGAGACACGCUGCCCCCGAGCUGCUGGAGGAGGGGGAGCUGAAGAAACAAAAACAGAAGAAGGAGACGUCAAAGAUGAGCAGACAUGGAGGGGAGAAGGAGAGUAGUGGAGAAGUGGACGCCAAGCUCUGCUCAGUUAUGUUAUCUUGACUCAUGUAGUAAAAAAAAAUCUACUUAAUGAUGUUUUUCCUUUCUCUGUCUAAGAAGUGCCUGGAUUUUUUUUUUUUUUUACUUCAUUUUCCCAGGAUAUUUUCUGUAUCGCCUUAAGAUAUCUCAUAUCAAAUAUGCUUCAUCCAUAUGAAAGUGAACAAAUUAUGAAGGAAAAGCACUUUAUUAUAUAUAUAAAUGUGAAUGAAGGCAAAUGUUAAACCUUGAAGCUCUUGAAGGAUUUUAAGUUCAAGGAAUUUGCACAUGCUCUCUCUUGCUCAGGACUGCCACCAACUAUGGUUUACAUACUGAACCUGCAAUGUUACAGCUUACAUCUCGAAAAGGGGUCAAUCAGUAAUUUGAUUUGCCUCACCCAGAAGCACAGGGGUGCAUUUAGAGGAUUAUUGAAGAGUUUGUGAUUAAUUUAAAAGAUACUGUGAAUAUUUAUGAUUUGAACCUCUGUAUUGUAUUUUAUUUUUAAUUUUGUAAAUGUUUUAUUUAAAAACACUUGCUGGACGGAUGAUUAUUUUACAGAGGAGAGUUUAGUUUUUCCUGUUUUGGAGGAAAUAAAAAGAAACCCGUUAAAAAUAA